AUGGAUUCACCGGACCAAAAAAAUAAAAAAGUACAUGCUUGUCCAUUCAAUGGAUGUACUGCAGUAUUUAAUAGACCAUAUAGACUUGCACAGCAUCGACUGGUCCAUGUAAAUAUUAAGCCCUUUCAAUGUAGUCACAAAAAUUGUACAAAAGAAUAUACAAGUAAAAGUCAUUUAGAUCGUCACAUCAACAGUGCUCAUAAAGAGACUGAAAUCGAUAUAUUGCACUGCUGUCCAAAAUGUAUGAAAAAAUAUGUAAACAGACAAAAUUUAAAGAGGCAUAUGAAAGUAAGUCAUACGGAAAAUAAUAAACCCUUCUCAUGUGAUAUUUGUAAAUUAUAUUUUAAAAAGAAACACCAACUUCGAGCUCAUAUGUAUAUUCACAAUGGUAUAAAAACAUUCAGAUGUCUACUCUGUGAUAGAGAGUUUGUUACUCUAUAUGAGAAAAAAAAGCACAUGAGAAAUCAUAAAACAUACACCUGUGAGCAUUGUGACAUAAAAUUUAACCGGUGGACAGAUUUAAUGACACAUAAAAAGAAAGAGCACCAGGGUUCAGAAUACAUAUGUAAUGAUUGUGGAAAAGUUUUUAAAGAGCGACAACAUAUAAUUAGACAUGUCAAGAAACAUGUACCUAAUGCACCAAAGAAGAUGUUUUACUGCACACAUCAAAAUUGUCACAGACAUUACUCAAGAAAUAGUAAUUUAAAACAACAUAUUUUAAUAAAACAUGAGGGUAUGACAUUUAAUUGUACAUUUUGUGAAGCCAAAUUAUCUACCAAGGCCAAAUUAAAUGAACAUGUAGCAAGACACUAUCAACCUGCUUUAUUAGACAAUAGAAAAGCUACAAAAACUCGAAUAAGAAAGACACGAAAGGACCGGAACACCAUGAAAACCUCAUCAGUAAUAAAAUUAGGUGGAAUUGUUAAUCAAAACAAGGAAGAAAAUAACACAACUAAAAAGAGUGAAGCAAUACCUAUUUCUGAAGAAACUUUUGUUUCUGAAAAUGAAACCCUAUUGAGUUCUAACGAUCUUUCUAAUGAAACGCCAGUUAUUUCUAAGGAUAUGUGUAAUGCUUGUGAAGAUAAUUUAAGUAAUAUUAAGCAAAUUAGUAAUUCAUCUGUGAACAAAAUUAAUAAUAACAUUGAAAACAAUUUUACAAAUACAGAUAUAUUAUGUACCUUAAAAGAUUCAGUAUUAAAAGAAAAGAGAACUGACCCUCAUAAAACUGUUACUAGUGACAACUAUAUAAUGAGUAAUGAAAGUUCUAAUAAUGAAACUUUUUUUUCUGCGGGUAAUAUCUCUCAUAAUUUUAUAGAAGUCAACUUUCCACCUAAUAUAACUCAAUCAAUCCUA